AUGGCCGACGCCACGUCAAACGCGCCCAUCAAGCCGACGCGACUUAAGCAGAUCACCGAGGAUGCUUGCCAGAGCGCCAUCGGCUCCGCCGAGUUCUACGAGCACGAGAAGACAGAGAGCUGGAACACGACCAUCAUUAACUCUAUCCUCAAGGCCCUGAUCAGCGAGUCGGCGACCGGCACCAGCGGCGCCCCGGCUUUCAAGUUCGCCGUCAACAGCACGAUCGUGCAACACCUCGUCCCGACAUCUCAGCUUAACAAGUCGCGGGGGACCGACACGGCCGCCGGCACCGACGACAACUCGACCCACGUCUCGGGCAGCAAGCCGGCUGCCACGGGCACGGACGGCAAGCCGCACGUCGGCCGCCGCGGCAUGCACAGCGCCCAGGCUGCGUACUGGAACGAGAAGACGGACGGCAUGUGGACGUACAAGUACGACGGCGGCGAGGGCAAGGGCUUUGACAUUAUUGUCAUGGUCCUGUGGAUCGCUUACGACUCGGGCAACCGGGUGUAA